AUGUCCCGCGCCGACGAAGUCCAGACUCUUCUGAAGGCAGUAGAAAAUCUACUCAUUCCUUUCAUUCGGGCCGCCGACGAGAGCCCUGCCAGUGACUCCCAGCACAAGAAUGGCGUCAACGGGCAUAGCCGAGCCGGAACAGCCCUGAUAGAUUACAAGAAGCCCGAGGAGCUGCGGGAUAUCCUGCAGCUCGAGGUACCCGAGACCGGAAGACAGCAGGAUGGCCUGAUUGAAGUCCUGCAGAAGGUCCUGCGCUACUCGGUCAACACCUGGCACCAGGGCUUCUUGGACAAGCUGUAUGCGACAACCAAUGCCCCCGGCGUGGCAGCCGAGCUGAUCCUGGCCACUUUGAACACCAACGUCCACGUGUACCAGGUGUCGCCGGCCUUGACUGUGAUUGAGAAGUACACCGGGCAGCAAUUGGCGGCGCUGUUCGGGCUUACGGGUCCUCGUGCCGGCGGCAUCUCGGUGCAAGGCGGUUCAGCCUCGAAUACCACGUCCAUUGUGAUCGCGCGCAACAAUCUUUACCCGAACACGAAGAAGAACGGCAACGAAGGGUACCGGUUUGUGCUCUUCACCAGCGCCCAUGGGCACUACAGCGUGGAGAAGGCGGCGCAGAUGCUCGGGUUUGGUAGCAGCGCUGUCUGGCCCGUGCCCAUUGAUUCACAAGGCCGCAUGAUCCCCGCGGAACUGGAGAAACUCGUCCAAAAGGCCCAGGACGAGGGCCGAACACCGUUCUAUGUCAAUGCCACGGCGGGCACGACGGUCAUGGGGUCGUUCGACCCCUUUAACGAAGUCGCAGCCAUCUGCCAAAAAUACAACCUGUGGCUCCACGUCGACGGGUCCUGGGGCGGCUCGUUUGUCUUCUCGCAGCGACAGAAGCACAAGCUGGCUGGUGCCGAAAAGGCUAACAGUAUCGCCAUCAACCCGCACAAGAUGCUCGGCGUGCCGGUGACCUGCUCGUUCCUGCUGGCCUCGGACAUGCGCCAGUUCCACCGCGCCAAUACGCUGCCCGCGGGGUAUCUGUUUCACAGCGAAGAAACAGCAUCAGCAGCCAACGGCGACGGGCAGCCCGAGUCAGAGCUGGAGGCCGAUUCGCCCGAGGUGUGGGAUCUGGCCGAUCUAACGCUGCAAUGUGGCCGGCGGGCCGAUUCGCUGAAACUCUUCCUGGGGUGGACGUACUACGGAACCCAAGGCUAUGCGGCGCAGAUCGACACGGCCUGCGAUGUGGCCGCGCACUUGGCCACCAUCGUCUCGCAACACCCGGACUUUGUCCUCGUCAGCGAGAACCCGCCCCCAUGCCUGCAGGUGUGCUUCUACUACGCUCCCGGCAAGCAAAUGUUGUACCCCCGCGGCAGCGUGUCGGACGAGACGCAGCGCGGAAAGCUGAACAGCAAGGUUACGGAGCAGGCGACGCAUGCGAUCGUGCCCAAGGGGUUCAUGGUGGACUUUGCGCCUCCGAGCGACGACGACGAGGGCGUUGGCAACGGCAAGUUCUUCCGGUGCGUGGUUAACGUCUUGACCAGCAGGGAAACGGUCGAGUCGCUAGUCCGGGCUAUUGAGGAGGUUGGGCCGCGCGUCUUCGCGGAAUUGAAGGGAAGUACCCCGGUGGUUCCUCAGAAGAGGCUUGGGAAGCAUGCCUAG